AGAAGUCAUUAAGCCAUUCUGUGCAGUGUUACCUGAAAUCCAGAAACCAGAAAGAAAAGCAGAUUGAGUGGUUGGAGGCAGGAAGCUAGUAUUUCUGCUCUAUCUUGCAUGUUAGUUCAUGUGUGUUUUAGUAGCUGCUGUGAACACAUUUAUCCUAAAGUUUGCAGUCCGUGGAGGAAAGAUCCAGUUCAGAGAGAAGGUACUAUGGACAGCUAUCACACUCUUCAUUUUCUUAGUAUGCUGCCAGAUCCCUCUGUUUGGAAUCAUGUCAUCAGAUUCUGCAGAUCCCUUCUACUGGAUGCGAGUCAUUCUUGCGUCAAACAGAGGUACUUUGAUGGAAUUGGGUAUCUCACCCAUUGUGACAUCUGGUUUGAUCAUGCAGCUGCUGGCUGGAGCAAAGAUCAUUGAGGUUGGUGACACUCCAAAAGACAGAGCCUUGUUCAAUGGAGCUCAGAAAUUAUUUGGGAUGAUCAUUACCAUUGGGCAAGCCAUUGUGUAUGUUAUGACUGGAAUGUAUGGAGAUCCUGCUGAAAUGGGUGCUGGAAUUUGUCUUCUUAUUAUAAUUCAGCUGUUUGUUGCUGGUUUGAUUGUGUUGCUGUUAGAUGAGCUGCUCCAGAAGGGUUAUGGCUUGGGGUCUGGUAUUUCCCUGUUCAUUGCUACCAACAUCUGUGAAACCAUUGUCUGGAAGGCUUUUAGUCCCACUACCAUCAACACUGGCAGAGGAACAGAGUUUGAGGGUGCUGUGAUUGCAUUAUUUCAUCUCCUGGCCACACGAACUGACAAAGUCCGGGCUCUGCGAGAGGCUUUUUACCGACAGAAUUUGCCCAAUCUCAUGAAUCUGAUUGCUACAGUCUUUGUGUUUGCUGUAGUCAUAUAUUUUCAGGGAUUUCGUGUUGAUUUACCUAUCAAGUCUGCACGCUAUCGAGGGCAGUACAGCAGCUACCCCAUCAAGCUCUUCUACACCUCCAACAUUCCCAUCAUCCUGCAGUCUGCCUUGGUCUCAAACCUCUAUGUCAUUUCCCAGAUGUUGUCUGUUCGCUUCAGUGGCAACUUCUUGGUCAACUUAUUAGGACAGUGGGCAGAUGUCAGUGGUGGUGGACCUGCCCGUUCUUACCCUGUUGGUGGCCUCUGCUACUACUUGUCCCCUCCAGAAUCCAUGGGUGCAAUAUUUGAGGAUCCUGUCCAUGUAAUAGUUUAUAUAAUAUUUAUGUUGGGAUCCUGUGCAUUCUUCUCAAAGACCUGGAUUGAAGUGUCUGGCUCAUCAGCAAAAGAUGUUGCCAAGCAACUCAAAGAACAGCAAAUGGUGAUGAGGGGCCACAGGGAUACUUCAAUGGUUCAUGAGCUUAACAGGUAUAUCCCCACAGCAGCUGCGUUUGGUGGCUUGUGCAUUGGUGCCCUUUCAGUCCUGGCUGACUUCCUAGGAGCCAUUGGGUCCGGCACUGGCAUUCUGCUUGCAGUCACUAUUAUUUAUCAGUAUUUUGAAAUAUUUGUAAAAGAACAGGCUGAAGUAGGAGGAGUAGGUGCAUUAUUUUUCUAGGUGUCCAAACAUUUCAUGGUUUGCUGUGGAAGGGAAAGCAUUUUGACAACACGCAUCAUUUAGUCCAAUAAUGCUCUUUUCUUUUGACUUGUUUUCAAGUGCUAAGUGUCCCAUGACUGUAAUGGGCAUUGAGCAAUGCCUGUGUGCAGCAUUAGUACCAGCUGCCUUAAGAAUAAAGUUUACAUUAUCUCGUUUA